AUAAAUACAAGCAUCAUUAGAAUAUAAAUAUCGACGAUAUCGCUCUCUUUCUUUCUUAUUUUAAAUUACUCUUGCCCAUCAUGAAAAUUGCUGACAUGCUUAACCCUACCUCUGUUGACCAGCUUGUGUCUCCACCACCAUCUCCUCAACAAAAAGUCAAUAGUGUAAAACAAUCAAUCAAUGCAAGUGGAAAAUCACGAAGUCGUUUUUCAAACGAAGAAGAUGCGAUCAUCUGUGAAGGUGUAGCCAGAGGUUUGACCUGGGGUCAGAUAUCACAUCAAUUACCUCAUAGAAAGCGAGCCACUUGUUUUAAUCGAUACCGUACGCUUCAGGGCAUUCGAAAAUCACGAAAGAGAUAUAGUGACAUGGGCUCUUCUUCUAUGACUUCAUCAACAUCAUCAUGGCUACCUUCACCUCCUCUUUCUUCCAACCAUUUAAAACAUUAUCAUCAUCAUCAUCAUCAACAGCAACAACCAGAGCAUCAAAAGCAACAUCAGCAGUCACCUACAUUAGUAGCUCCAUUACCACUGCAUUAUGCAUAUGUAGAUCGUAUCCAUUAAUAUGAACAAUAGCUUCUCAUUUCUCAUUAUUUUUAUUUGUAAAUAACAAGUUUUCAUCUCUCUCUCUUUUUUUACUCCAGUUUGCAUUUCAAAAACCAUAUAUAAUAAUAAAAUUAUACAUCAUCUUUCUUUUGUUAUUCUCAAAUACUUUUUGGUUAUUCUUAGAAUUAAACAAUGCUGCAAGAAAGCAUCUCAUAAACUUGUUUUUUUUUUUUUUUUUUU